UCCAAUGAAGUUGCUGAUUAUGUUGUUCUUAUUUUGGACAAUUUAUAGACAAAGGAAGAGACAGAGAAAGUUCUGGGUGAGGCAUAUAUAUCAAAAUCGACUUAAACAAGGAGACUACCACAAUUUGAUAGCAGAGAUGAGACUUAUGGAUGAUGAAGAAGCCCAUGUGAGAUAUUUGAGAGUAACAAAAGAAACAUUUGAUGUUUUAUGCCGUCUUGUUGCUCCAUAUUUGCAGAAAAGACGAAGUUAUACUAAUAAAAGACCUCAUAUCUCACCUGGUGAACAAUUAGCUAUGACAUUAAGGUUCUUAGCGUCUGGUGACUCUCAAACAAGUAUAAGUUAUUCCUUUCGAGUUGGAAAAGCUUCAGUUUGUCACAUAAUUUAUAAGACCUGUUGUGUUUUAUGGAAGGUUCUUCAUAAGAAGUACUUACCUUUUCCUUCAACAGAGGAUGAGUGGAAGAAAAUUAGUCAUCAAUUUUGGAUGUUAUGGCAGUUUCCUAACUGUCUGGGAGCUAUUGACGGAAAGCAUGUACGAAUUCAAGCCCCCAAUAACAGUGGCUCAAUGUUUUUUAAUUACAAGGGAACAUUUUCAAUAGUUCUAAUGGCAAUCUGUGAUGCUCAUUAUCGUUUUAUUAUGGUUGACAUAGGUGAAGGAGGAAAAGAAAGUGAUGGAGGAGUUUUUUCUAAUUGUACCUUUGGACAAAGGCUUAUGGAACAAUCUUUGCAGCUCCCACUACCAAAUGCUCUCCCAGGUACUAGUGUUGUAGCUCCCUAUGUUUUUGUUGGUGAUGAGGCGUUUCCCCUAAGACCAGAUUUAUUGAGGCCAUUUCCUGGAAGUAAUCUUUCUGAGAAACAAUCUGUCUUUAACUAUCGUCUUAGUCGAGCAAGAAGACUUAUUGAAAACUCUUUUGGAAUUUUAGCUUCUCGAUUUAGAAUAUACAGACAACCAAUACAUUCAUCUCCUGCUAAAGUUGUUGCUUAUGUAAAAGCAACCAUAGUGUUACAUAAUUACCUUCGGUUACAUGAGUCUCAUGUGUACUGUCCACCUUGUUUUACUGAUAGAGAAGAUAAUGAAGGUAAUAUCAUUAAUGGAGAGUGGAGAGAUAACCAUAGUAGUUUGGGUUUAGAGAGGAUUGGUAGGACAGGUAGCAAUAGAGGUAGCUGGGAAGCAGAUGCAGUAAGAGAGACAUAUUGUAACUAUUUUGUUAGUGAAGAAGGUAGUUUGCCAUGGCAAUCUCAUCAUGUUCAUCGCACUACUUAUAAUUAA